AAUAGACAUGCAGUUGAAAGUAGAAAUAAUAUGGAGAGAUAGAGAGGACUUCUGUUUCCGUCGGACGCCAUUUUUGUGCCCUGCGCUGCAGAAAGAAGCAGAAUUUUUACUAAAUUAAGAAGCGGCAACCGGCGAGUAAGCUACAUAUUGUUUUGGGACUGUCCACAUACAACAUCCUCAUGAUUUCUUCCGUGCGCGAUCAUUCUGAUAAUAGUGAUUCUGAUGACCAGCAAAGUCAUUCAGAGUCUCAAGUUCAUUCAUCCUUACCUGCAAUUGGAAUGUCACAUCCUGGAGUUCCAACUCCAAAUAUGCAGUAUGCAGUACCUCCACAGGUUGGAACAGGACAUGCAGUGGCACCAGGAGGUUACCCCUAUCCAGACCCUUACUACAGAAGCAUCUUUGCUCCCUAUGAAACACAGCCGUAUCCUCCACAGCCCUAUGGGGCGCAACCAACGGUUCAUCUUCAGUUAAUGGGAAUCCAGCAAGCAGGUGUUCCACUGCCAUCAGAUGCAGUUGAGGAACCUGUGUUUGUAAAUGCAAAACAGUAUCAUGGUAUCUUGCGACGUCGGCAGUCUCGUGCUAAAGCAGAAUCUGAAAAUAAAGCGCUUAAGAAUCGAAAGCCAUAUUUGCAUGAAUCUCGACACCAGCAUGCAUUGAGAAGAGCUAGAGGAUGCGGGGGUCGCUUUCUUAAUGCGAAGAAAAAUGGGAACCAACCGGAUGAAAUGACAUCGGGUGACAAAUCCCAGUCAAAUAUCAAUUUGAACACUGAUAAAAAUGAGCUUGCUUCCUCAGAUGGAACAUCCUAAACACUUCAGAAGCAAUUGCAACACUCAAGGGGCCACAUGCAGGAAUGGAGGCCCCAAUACCAGCUUCGUUAGUCUCGGUAGUGCUUCACUGUGGCUCGACACUUGAAGCUUCAUUAGCAAUAGCAUGUGUAUAGGUUCUUCAGUAGUAGGCUUGUAGGUGUCUUAUUGAAGCGCAGUGAUAUAACCUUCUCGACAAGGGGUUUCUUUGCAACCCUUGCGCCUUCUUUCACAAGAGAGAGCAACGGUUGCCGGUUAAGCUUGCUGUGUGGUUUACGCUUGCACUUAUACUUGUUUGUGAGGUUGGAAACUUGUCCAGGCAAAGUUUUAGAGUUGUGUUGUUCGGUUUGGUAAUGCCUCUUAAGAUUGGCAGAGAUUAGGUUGGCUGCUGAUUAUGUUCUAGUAUUAGUAAUAGUAGUGAUAUAACUUCUAUUCGUUUGUUAUCAAUUGGGACAAUAAGUUUUGUGGUUAAUAAAAUUGGCAUCGAUUGAAGAACC